CAGCUUGCAAAACAAUUAAAAGGCAAUUAGCCUGCUCGGCAAUUGCAUUACACCAAGCUUAAUAACAAUUCAAAAGCAAAAAUUAGAACGAGAACAAGAGGAGGAAAAUGUAAUUUGCAUUUUGUGUCUGCGUGCUUUGACUUAAUUAUUGGCAUAUUGGCUUUCAAGUUAAUACUGACAUAAAUAUAUACAUAGUGAAUCAAACAAGCUUCAAUAUGAAGACGCGCUUGGUGUCAUUGACAUAUCGCGGCAGCGCAUCCGUCGAUCCGCGAUACUCAGCCUCCAUGCUGCCUUGGACCAUCAACGAUAUACGCUCCACAGAGAGCUAUACGAAGCUAUCCGUUGGCAUUGAGAAUGGCAUACUGGAAUCGUACAAUUCGGAUUUCGAGCUGCAAUUUAGUCAUCCUUUGAAGCAUAUCGUUGGCAUGUGUCGAGUCGUACACAAACCGCAGGCCAAAAGCAUCGGGAAUGGUUUCCUGCAACUAAAGUCGAAUGUCGGAGCCAUCGCCGGACAGCAAACGAGCAAUAGUACGGGCAAUAGUUUGACCGCAAAUGGUUUGCGCCACACGCUCACCACAUCCACCUCAUAUGGGUCUCUCUCAGCCAGCGCUGCAGCUGCUUAUCAGGCACAGCAGCAGCAUCAGCAACAGCAACAACAACAGCAACAAUCGUCAACGGAUGCGGAUUCAGCACAGAAUGCGCAACACUUUAUGGAAUUUCAAGGACCCAUUACCGGCCUUGUGUAUUUGUUAAAGGAUCCCAAGGACCCAUUGCUACACAUCUAUCUAUUUGAGUGCGAAGCUGUCGAGGAGAUGGCCGAGCUGAUGCACCAAAUGCGCGAUCCGGCGCAUACGCUCGGCGGUUCGGUGGGCAGUAUUCCGCAAACGCUGAUUGGAGGCGCCGGCGGUGGUGGCAGUGGUUCCAGCUCGCAUGGAGCACUCAAUGGGAUUCACGCAACCCCAGCAACAAAUUUGAAGUUGACUGAGGCUCUGCGCAAUGCCCAACACGAUGCUAGUCCCAAUCUGAUAAGCUCCAAAAUGAAGUCCUCCAAAUCGUAUACGCAUGGGUUGAGCAAUUCGGCGGGCACGGUACACAUUCCCACGUCCACCUCGGCGCAGAGUAAUUUGUCACUACUGGCGGACAUAUCACCAAAUCAUACGCACUUCUUUGAGGUCAUGUAUGUGGGAAAGAUACGCGUCACACAGAAGCAUGUUCCCAACUCCUUUAUUGACGAUGCGCUGCCCAAGUUCAAGGCGUAUGAUGCACAACGUCUGCGCCUCUUGCAGAACCGCAAGAUGUCGCUGAACAGCGAGGGAGGCGUUGGUAUUGAGGCGGCCAAGACUAGUAUUGGCAGCAGCACACUUAAGAGUCACGACGUUAAAGAGGAGGACGAAGAGGAUCAGGAACAGGAGCAAGAGACCGGCUCUCACACACUCCAGCCGCAAAGCAGCGUCGUUGAACUGCAGUUAACAACAACAGAAGCGGGAGCAGCCCCUCGUCCCUUGCUGGAGGAGAACAAUAAGGAAAAUAAAUCGCCACCACGUGCUCUUUUACGAGGCAAAAGCCAAAUCGAGCUGGGACACAGGGAGAACAUUGCUGGCAAGUCUAGCGAUGCCAGCGGCUCGGAGGAAACGGAAAAUGAAAUGGACUCACUAUCCAGACCGAUUGUCAUUGUGAAUAAGCACCCGACCCCGCCCAGAGAGUCAGAAACGCAGGCACAACCCCAGCCACAAUCAACCAGUGGCGGUCACUCCUCGGUGCUGCAUCCCAAUUAUGGGCUGGAGAACAUACCGAAGCAACGGGAUCGCUCCGCUUCCUAUGGCUGCAUACCGCCCUAUGCUGAACAGAAUCGCACAAUGGUCUUCUUGGUUGGUCGUUCCGACUUGCGCCUCAUUUCUCCAGACCGCAAGCAGGUGCUGCUCUACAAGGACUUCAAAGAUGUAGCCAGCUGUGUGCAUGGUCAGAAGGCUCUGGAUCAUUUCGGCAUUAUUUGCCGCGAGGUGAACAACGAGGGUUACAUUGGCUAUGUGUUCAAAUGUCAGUCGGAGCAUGUGUGCGAUGAUAUUGUGGCAGCCAUUGCCCAAGCCUUCGAUACUUGUGCCGAGCAGAAGAAGAAGCAGGAGACUCAAAUCUUCUCCUGCGAGCAUUGUCCCAUGCUCUGGUAUCACAAGCUCUGCACCGAUGUCGAGAACUUGUCGGAUAAGAAGACGCAGACAAUGAUUUUACGUCGCAUUGAAACGCUUAGCGAUGACGAACAGGACAUAGUCUGGGCCAAGUUCUGCGGCUCGGAGAAGACAAACUCUCCGGUGGCCGAGCAGAAUCAGUUCCUGAUGAUGCUGCUGCGAGCGCACUGCGAGUCUAGGCAACAGCGACACGUGCACGACACCGCUGAGAACCGUUCAGAGUUCUUAAACCAAUAUCUUGGCGGUAGCACUAUUUUCAUGAAGGCCAAGCGUUCGCUGACCAACUCCUUCGAUCAUCUGCUAAAGCGCAAACCCUCAAAAGACGAUAUUGCUGUGCCCUCGCACAACUUGCGUGACAUACGAGAAAGCUCCGCCGAGCCCCAAAAAUCGAGUAGCGGCAACGACACGCCACCGGAAGGCUUUCGAUCUCGAUCAAAUACCGUGGGCGCUAGUCCCAGUAAGCCUGUAAGCGCUGAGCAGCUCAAGAGCCCCAUGAUGGAUAUCUUUAUCAAGGUUGGCAACAGCCCCAAGGAGGCGGAAACACAUCAGGGCUCCUGGCGCCAGGCAAUUCUCAAUAGUGUGGUGACACCUUCCAAAGGUUUAGAGGGCGAAACGCCUACCGAGUUUCUCUCGCCAAUGCGGAAACCUCCCAAGCGUGGUAAGCGCAACGCGGAAGAGCUGCGGGAACUUUGGCGAACAGCCAUCCGUCAGACCAUCAUGCUAAAUCGCAUGGAAACCGAGAAUGCCAUGCUGCAAGCGCGACAGAACGAGAACGAGCUGAAGCGGAUCAAGCUGGACUAUGAGGAAAUAGUGCCCUGCGAUAAGCAAUUGAUUGAGCGCUGGGAGCAAAUCAUUGAAAGGAACUCGACCCAAAUCGGCAAUCGAAGAGACCCCAAGGUGCUGGGCCAUGCCAUACGCACUGGUGUGCCGCGUUCAAAGCGUGGCGAUGUAUGGACCUUCCUGGCAGAGCAGCAUUCCAUGAAUACGGCGCCAGUCGAUACGAAAAAGUUUCCCAACUUUAAUACACCUUAUCAUAUGCUGCUCAAGAAUCUCACCGAACAUCAACAUGCCAUCUUUAUUGAUCUGGGUCGCACGUUUCCCAACCAUCAGUUCUAUAAGGAUCCGUUGGGCUUGGGUCAGCUAUCGUUGUUCAAUCUUUUGAAGGCCUACUCUAUACUUGAUCCGGAGUUGGGAUAUUGCCAAGGUCUGGGUUUCAUAUGCGGUGUGCUGCUGCUGCAUUGCGAUGAGGCGAAUGCCUUCCAGCUGCUCAAGCAUCUCAUGUUCCGUCGCAAUAUGCGCACCAAAUAUCUGCCGGACAUGAAGAAGUUCCAAUUGCAGCUCUAUCAGCUCUCUCGCCUGGUGAAGGAUCACUUGCCUGAUCUGUAUGUGUGGCUUGACCAGAACGAUGUGUCUCCCACAUUGUACGCUGCACCUUGGAUUCUGACUGUCUUUAGCUCACAGUUUCCUUUGGGAUUUGUGGCGCGUAUUUUUGAUCUGUUAUUCUUGGAAUCUUCGGAUGUGAUCUUUAAAUUUGCCAUUGCUCUGCUCUCAGAGCAUAAGGAUGAUUUGUUGGCCCGCGAUAACUUCGAGGAAAUCAUGGACUAUCUGAAAACUGUGGUCCCCAAAAUUGAGCCACACUGCAUGGAACAUAUAAUGAAGCGAGUCUUUGCGUUGGACAUUGGCAAGCAGCUAACCGAAUAUAAUGUCGAGUAUAAUGUGCUGCAAGAAGAGAUUACGACGACAAAUCAUCAUUUGGAAAUGCUGAACCGCGAAAAGGUGCAGAAUCAGCAUCUCGAACAGCAGCUGCAGUUCGCUCAAUCAUCCAUUGCUCAAUUGGAGACCACGCGUUCGUCCCAGCAAAUGCAAAUCACAUCACUACAGUCCCAAGUUCAAUCGCUGGAGCUAACCAUACAGACGCUGGGCCGCUAUGUGGGACAACUAGUCGAACAUAAUCCGGAGCUGGAACUGCCCAGCGAUGUGCGACGCAUGCUGCAGCAGCUGGACGAUCUGGAGCGUCAGCGACGCAAACCUAUAUUUGCCGAGCGCAAAAUUGGCAAAUCGAUCUCAGUCAACAGUCACUUGGGGUUUCCACUCAAGGUCCUCGAAGAGUUGAGCGAAAGAGACGAACAUGGUUCGCCACAAAAGCAGAAGAAGGAGAAGACACCUUUUUUUGAACAGUUGCGUCAGCAGCAACGCAACAAUGGCUAUCACCAUGCUAGCGUCAACCAUGCCGAUUCCAUAUCACCCACACGUAAUCAGCGACAAGCGGAACUGGCAAUGGCGCAGUCCCAGCACCAGCCGCAGUCUCCGCAGCAGCCCCAGCAACAACAGCGACCCAAUCGAUUGCUAGACGAUGUCAGCACACGUACGACAAUGCAGGCGAAGCUGGACGAACUGAAGCUGCCCGAGCAUGUGGAUAAGUUUAUGGCGAACAUCAAGAGUCCCAUGGAAGUGGAUUCGGGUGUGGGAACGCCCCUUAGUCCUCCCAGUACGUCGAGCAAUGCAAGCAGUACCAGCAGCAGCAGUACAGGCAGCGCCACCACCACCGGCAGCAUUUUCAGUCGCAUGGGCUAUAAGACCACACCCACAGCACUGUCGCCGCUUGCACAUCGGCAGAGCUUUGGGGGACCUAUUACCACAGCCCCAGCGGUGACGCCUGUUGAAGACGCCAAGCCCGUGACCACGCAAACAGUCACUACCCUGGAUCUUGUAUCGGAGCCCAUGCAUCCCCUCAGUCAGGUGGGCGGGGACGUUAAUGUGCGUUUCAAGGGCACAACGCAGCUCAAAUCGAUACGGCCAGUCCAUCAUAUGCGCGCCAUUACCUUGGGAGGUGUCCAGCAUCAGAGCAGCGCCGAGGAGACGGUCACUGUCUCAGGUGUGGAGUUGGCGCCAGCAACCGGUCGCAGCUAACGGUUUUGAUUCAUCACAAAAUUGCUGCGCAGCUUCUAUUAAAGCAAAAUGACAAAAAUCCAUUGCGAUACAAACUUGGCUUGCAGGACACCUACAUACACAUACAUACAUAGUUACCAAAUAUAAUAUGCUGCGUCGCUUGAAUAGGCCUAUAUGUUACAAAUUCAAUAUUUUUCAUAUUGUGUCAAUACGCGCACAAAUUGUUGCCAUAAUUAGCAAAUCGGAUCAUCAUAUAAAACACUCGAAACUAAUUUAACAAAUAUAAAAAUACAAUUCAACUAUUUACCUUCAUAUAUAUACUAUAUAUAAACAAGCGGACACACAAACAAAUCAAAAUUGAUAGACGCUUUUGCAUUAUUUUAUAAAUUUGUCUAACGUAAAUAUUAUGAAUAUUAUAAUCCAAGCGUUUGUAUCAAGCUUACAGUUUAGGCAGUUAUUGAGUCUAUAGUUUCGUUUUAAUUUGUGCAUACACAUAUACCUACAGAUAUAUAAUACCUACUUAUUGACUUAAUUUGUAUCGAAUUUAAUUAGUGUUGUAUUGUUGAUUUUUACGUUCGCUUAAUUUAAGUGCAUUAAUUUUUAAUUAUAUAAAAUGUAAUUUGAAUAAAUUUGUAUAUUUUUGCUUGGUUCUGCAGACUUUUCAAACGUCGACAAAAUUUCAAAAUAUUCCGGUAAUAUGCAUGUACAUUGUAGUAGUUAAUAAAAAUAUAAAGAAUCUUUGAAUAAUGAAUCUUGAAUUAUUAGUUGAUUGUUUAAAUAAACAUAUAAAUAAAUAUUGAGUAAAAAACAAACAUACUUUGCUAAUGAGUUGCAUAAAAGCUUCUUUGUUAAGUACAAUUGCUUACCUGGGCUGUUUUAUGUAGACCCAGAAGUUUUGUAGCUGACUUGUGUUUAGAAAUGGAAAGAAAAAAAAUGAUAAUAAAUGCAAAUAAUUAAUCGGUGA